AUGGUUCUGCACAACCCUAACAAUUGGCAUUGGGUGAACAAGGACGCCUCGGCGUGGACGCGGCAAUGGUUCGAGGACAAUCUCACCAAGCUUGAGGCGAAGGAGGGGGAUGUGGCAGCCAAGAUCACCAAGGUCAUCAGCAUGAACGGGGAUGUCGAGGUGGCGCAGCGCAAGGGGAAGGUCAUUACCAUCUUUGAUGUCAAGUUAACUUUGGAGUAUGCAGGCUCCAUCGCCGAAGACGAUGAUAUCUCGGGAACCAUCACCAUUCCCGAGGUCUCGCAUGACCUGGCGGAGGACGAGUUUGUGUUCGACAUCGACAUCUACUCCGAAUCCAAGGAGAAGCAGCCGGUUAAGGACCUCGUGCGGUCCAAGCUCGUCCCCCAGCUUCGGAGCGAGUUCUUGAAGCUGUCGCCAGCGCUUGUCGCCGAGCACGGCAAGGAUAUCCAGCACGCGCCCGGGUCGAACCCGUCGAGCGGGUUCUCCACGCCCAAGUACCACCCUCCGACAGGAGCCGCGGCCAAGCCCGCGACAGCAACGAGCUCGCAGACGAACAGCGGCAGCAUCGUUAACACGACUACGGUGAAUGACACGGAGGAAUUCCGCACGACCGCUGAAGAGAUGUACAAGACGUUCACCGAUCCCCAGCGGAUAGCCGCAUUCACCCGUGGAGCGCCGAAGCUGUUCGAGGGGCCCCAGAAGGGCGGCAAAUUCGAGCUGUUCGACGGAAACGUAGCGGGCGAGUACUUGGAGCUGGAGGAGCCACGCAAGAUUGUUCAGAGCUGGCGUCUGAAACAGUGGCCGACGGGUCACUACUCGAAGCUCAAGAUCGAGUUCGACCAAAACGACGUGGACAAGGUCACGGUCAUGCGCGUGGAGUGGACGGGUGUUCCCAUCGGUCAGGAGGAAGUGACCAAGCGGAACUGGCUGGAAUACUACGUCCGGAGCAUCAAGUUGACUUUCGGGUAGGUUGAGUAUCCUCCGCAAUGCACAGUCUCUGCCACUAACACACCUCUCAGUUUCGGCACCAUUCUUUGAGGGGAGACAGCAUUAUGAGGAGACGGCGUUGGGCGGGAAGGGAUCUGGCUUUGGGAUCGUCAUGCAUCGGAGGGACGGGCGGUCUUGUGGUCUUGUUUUAACCAUAGAAUGGACAGUACGUGUUUCCCAGGCCACGAAUCACGAAAGUAGCUGGAUAUCAUUACCAGCAGUUACGGAGGUACAAAUCAACACGAAUGAGAAAUGGCUAAAGAUGCAUUCGGAUCCUCUGUGCUCUCUCGCCUCGGGCCGACGCCCCCUUCAAGGACCUCCAGUGACCUCCGCUCGGUGCGGCCGCAGAUCCACUCGAAGCGGGG